AUGACCAGCAUAAGCUCAGGUGUUGUUGCUAGUGAUGAAAUCAGUGCUGAUCUUAUGAGUGCAGAAGAAGUUGACGAAGUUGCCUUAAAUAAUUAUAUUGAAGAGCGUCUUACUUCUGAUAAGAAGAAAUAUCAUGAUCCAAUAAAGCAAGUAAAAUCGAAGACGUUUUCAAGUCAAUUGAAGAUGAAGGCUAAGACACAGUCUGGUAAAGAAGUGAUAUUACAGAGUGAUAGAAAAUUAUUUUCAAGACUACUAAUUAUUGGACAACAGCGUAGUAUAGAUCUCAAGGAAGUUUUGCGAUACUCACUUGGUCCAGUUUCUUACCCUCUUGCGAGUGCGAAUGGGUCAAUAGCUAAAACAAAUAAAGCUGCUCUCCUUCAUCUUAUUGAAAAUAGUUGUAAAAACUGUACUGAAGAUGGAAUGCCCAAAUGA